GUGAUGGCGUCACUGCUCGAGGCUGGCGAUGACGGCGGGGCUCGGCGGAGGGACGGACUGAAGGCUGCAGAUGGAUACUAGGCGAGAUUUGGUCAUUUUUUCGUCGUUUGUUUUAUUUCCCGGGUCUCGGAAGAAAGUACUGGACAGUUCUGCAGCGGAGAUUCCCCGGAGAUUUCAAUGCCAUAGUUCUGACUGAGACAUUGAACAUAGGAGGGUACAGCAACACCACCUGUUUUGUUAAGAUCCAGCCACAGACCAAAUUGGGGGAGUGAACCAUUUCAGUUGGAAGCCGGCGGCAGUGACCCGCACUCCUUCAACGGGGCCAUGGAGGAGGAGGGGCAGCAGAGUCUGGAGUGUAUUCAGGCCAAUCAUUUCUUUCCUAGGAAGCCCCCUGUCCUGGAGGAGGAGGAUCUGCAAGUACCCUUCCCAGAGCUGCAUGGAGAGUUUACCAAGUAUGUGGGGAGAGCAGAGGACGCCGUCAUCGCCAUGUCCAGCUACCGCCUUCACAUCAAGUUCAAAGAGUCUUUAGUCAAUAAUUGUUCGUGCGAGGUGUCAGUUCCUUUGCAGAUAAUUGAAAGUGUGGAAUGUCGGGACAUGUUCCAACUCCACGUCACCUGCAAAGACUGCAAGGUCAUCAGGUGUCAGUUCUCCACGUUCGAGCAGUGUCAGGAGUGGCUGAAGAGGCUGUCUGUGGUAGCACGGCCACCAUCCCAGCUGGAGGAGCUCUUCUCCUUUGCCUUCCACGCCUGGUGCAUGGACUCCUGCAGCAGCGAAAAGGAACAGCAUGGCGAGCUCUGCAGGCCAGAGGAACAUGUGAUCUCAAGGUUCCGCAACGAGGUGGAGCGGAUGGGCUUCGAUACUCAGAACGCGUGGAGGAUAUCUGAGAUCAACAACAACUACAAGCUGUGUUCCAGCUAUCCGCAGCAGCUAGUGGUGCCAGCCUGGAUCACUGAUAAGGAGCUGGAGAACGUGGCAGCCUUCCGCUCCUGGAAAAGAUUUCCGGCUGUGGUCUACAGGCAUCUGAGCACAGGGGCAGUGAUAGCACGAUGUGGCCAACCAGAAGUGAGCUGGUGGGGCUGGAGGAAUGCUGAUGAUGAACACCUUGUGCAGUCCAUCGCCAGAGCCUGUGCUGUGGACAGUAGCUCCCCCAAAACCCUCACCAACGGCUCCUUCUCCCGCGAGUACACCAACGGGGCUGACCUCAGUGAUGUGGACUUUGACUCAUCCAUGACAAACAGUUCAGAGGUCGAAACCUUGGCCAUUCAGCCUCACAAGCUCCUGAUUUUGGAUGCCAGGUCCUACGCUGCUGCAGUGGCCAACAGAGCCAAGGGAGGAGGCUGCGAGUGCCCAGAGUACUACCCUAACUGUGAAGUGGUCUUCAUGGGCAUGGCCAACAUCCAUUCCAUCCGCAAGAGUUUCCAGUCUCUGCGGUUCCUCUGUACCCAGAUGCCUGACCCUGCCAACUGGUUAUCUGCUUUGGAGAGCACCAAGUGGCUGCAGCAUUUGUCUCUGUUGCUGAAAGCUGCUCUGCUAGUGGUAAAUGCUGUGGACCGAGAUCACAGACCCGUAUUGGUGCACUGUUCAGAUGGCUGGGACCGUACCCCCCAGAUAGUGGCUUUGUCCAAGCUCCUACUGGACCCUUACUAUCGUACAAUUGAGGGUUUUCAAGUUCUGGUGGAAACAGAAUGGCUGGACUUUGGUCAUAAGUUUGCUGACCGCUGUGGUCAUGGUGAGAAUUCGGAAGAUCUGAACGAGCGCUGUCCAGUAUUCCUGCAGUGGCUGGACUGCGUGCAUCAGCUGCAGAGACAGUUCCCCUGCUCCUUUGAGUUCAACGAGGCCUUUCUGGUAAAACUGGUGCAGCACACGUACUCGUGUCUUUUCGGCACGUUUCUGGGCAACAGUGCGAAGGAAAGAGAGGACCGACACAUCCAGGAGAGGACCUGCUCUGUGUGGUCUCUGCUAAGACCAGCCAACCGCUCUUUCAAAAACAUGCUGUACUCUUCACACUCGGAAACUGUUUUGCACCCUGUCUGCCACGUGCGUAAUCUGAUGCUUUGGACUGCAGUAUACCUGCCCAGCUCCUCACCCACGACCCCUUCUGAUGACUCCUGUGCGCCCUACCCUGCAUCCGGUGCCAACCCUGAAGACCAGCCUCUGGGCAGGCGCCCCAAGACCCGUUCUUUUGAUAACCUGCCUAGUGCUUGUGAAGUUGGAAAUUCCUUACCCCCCAACAGACGAUCCAGUGACCCUAGCUUAAACGAGAAGUGGCAGGACCAUCGCAGAUCGCUGGAACUCAACAUAGGGACGGGAUCUGAUGGCGCACACGACUCAGAGGAAAAGGCCAAUGGCCAGUUGCCUGGUGGACUUAACGGAACCACACUUGAUGGGGAGAGUGAGGAGGGUGAGGGUCUUCGGGAUGCUAAUUAUGUGAGGUUGCCAUUGGGGGAGGGCGUGGAAGCAGAGCUCUCGUUGGGUGUGGCAGUAGGUCAGAUGGAGAACAUUCUUCAGGAGGCUGCGGCAGACAGCCUUAGAGACGUCAAAGUAGACAGUGCUAACAACACUGCUAUUCUCGAUGGUGUUGAGAAUCAGAACAGUGCUGAUGCUGAUGUAGCUGAGAUUGGUGAGAAAGUUGUAACUAAUGGCGUUGAGAUGCAGCUAGAAAGUAAUGCUAAUGGUAGCAAUGAGGAAUUUCCAAAAGAGACAAAGCUGAAUGGACUCCCUUCAGUGGCUGAGAUUGACAAGCCAUGUCAGUCAGAGGCCCAGUUACCUCAAGACCUGGGUGGUGAGCAGAAUGCCCCAGAGAGCCAGGAAUCAGAUGAGCUGGCAGAAGAGGUUUCAAAAUGUACCAUAGAGGAGGCUUUAAACCUUCCCUGCACCCACAAUCCCUCACACUCCCCCUCUACUGCCCUCAGGACUAUGACUAAUGGCUAUGGGGAGAAGGGUAACACUCCUGUCCCAGAUCCAGAGACUGCUAGGUCGGUUCCAGAGACUGUGGAGCUAGCUUUAGAGAAACGUCUCUCUCUUCUGGAAAGCUCCACAGAAACUCUCACAGAGGACUUAGGGCUCCGGCCAGACACCCUCGUCUCUGCACCUGCACCUGUACCUGCACAACCUGCACCCUCAAUCAAAUCCACGUGCCUCAAACACCAUGUUCCUGAGGCGGAGCCUGAGCCCCAAGGUGCUCCCAGAACUCUAAACGGCACCUCCAAGCGGCUGUCCCUCAGUGCCUCCUCCGCCUCGGCCGAACCCCUUCACCCAGUGUGUAACGGGGACUCCUCUGAGCCCGAGGCCUCCACCCCUCAGUGGGCCAGAGUCAACGGCGAUCGCGCCCCCCUGAGCCGCCAGGUCUCUCUGGCCAGCUGCGGCUCCCUCACAGGGCAGCUUCACAUGCGCGGCAGCUGCUCACAUCACCGCUGCCUGCAUGCGGCAAUGCUGGGCCGGCCUCCGACCAGCCCUCCCCAGGAACCGCCCUCGGCAAGAAACCACCUGGAUGAUGACGGCCUGACCCUGCACACGGACGCCGUGCAGCAGCGGCUGCGGCAGAUCGAGGUCGGCCAUCAGCUGGAGGUGGAGGCGUUGAAGAGGCAGGUGCAGGAGCUGUGGAGCCGCCUGGAGAGCCAGCAGACUGUGGGGAUGCUGCGCCUCAACGGAGACAUGGGAGACGAAGUGACCUCAAUUGCAGACUCGGAUUUUAACUUGGAUCCGAACUGCCUGUCGCGCUGCAGCACGGAGCUCUUCUCAGAGGCCAGCUGGGAGCAGGUGGACACAAAGGACACAGAGGUGACCCGGUGGUACCCUGAUCAUCUAGCUGCCCAGUGUUAUGGCUGUGAGCGAGGAUUCUGGCUUGCCACUAGAAAGCACCAUUGCAGAAGCAAGGAGCAUGUGGAGGAGGCCUGGAACUGUGGGAACGUGUUCUGCGCCAGCUGUUGUGAUCAGAAGAUCCCUGUGCCAAGCCAGCAGCUCUUCGAGCCCAGCCGGGUGUGUAAGGCGUGCUACAGCAGCCUGCAGGCCCCUGCACCUCCUCUGGAGCUGGAGCUGGACAAACCCAUCACCGCCAGCUCCAACUAGCCCUGCCCAAGGACUUCUCUGCUCUCUGAUACAGCACCUGAACACGCAGAACUGCUGAGGAACCGCUGAGGAACGGACAGUAGAAAGUUCCAGAGACUUGACCUAGCGGCAUAGCGGGAAGAAGCUGCAUUUGUUAUUAAUAUUAUUUUAUUUUAUUUUUGUUUUUGUUUUUUUUCCGUUUUCCCCAUCUGAAAGGGAAUUGCGUGUGUAUAUAUAGAGUGGGAUGUGCCUGGCGGAUGCGGCUGCAAAGAUUUCUAAGCACUUUGAGUGGCACGAUUCUAUGAGUGACUGCUGGCUUUGGUAGUUAUGAAACGCACAGAUAUUUAGUGAACUGCUGAAGAAGGUUUGGUGAAGGCAAGGUGGGACUUUGAUUGCGUUGAAAGCUUGGUUUCUGUUUCCCCCCAAAUUGAAAGCAAGGCUUCCCUGGCACGAUGCUGCAGAGGAGAACAGGAGAUAAUCUUGAGUCUGAAGAUAAAUCUGAUUUGGAAGAUGUUCUCCUUCUGUUGUUUUUUUCCAGUGUCAUCAUCUCAUUAUGAUGUGAUUCUCAUUGCUGGACUUUGGACUGAUAGUGUACGGUGCUUCAUGAGUGAGUUGACGAGGCUUCGGUUCUACUCCUAGCUUUGCUUUGAGUGCUGAUUAUAGUGCUGCUCUCUACCUUUUUAUUUUUUUUCCUUCUCCCCAAAGCACUACCAGAUACUUACUGGUACUCCAUAGAUGCUUCACUGUUUUCUUUUUUCCUCCUCCAAUUUUGUUUGGACAUUUUUAGAUUUUUGAGGUUGCACAGCAGUCCAAGUGUGGUCUAUGCUGUUCAAAUAACCUCAAAAGAGCUUUUUCACUCAAAACACAUCCCAAAAAUUUCUUAGCAGAUCCAGAUCCUCUGGAUUUUCAAGGCACAGAUGUCCAAAUUCUCACUGGUAAGUCACAUCAGGUGAUUGAACGUGUGUACACUAUUCGAGAGACCAGAUACUCCUGCAUCUCAUCCCCUCUCUUCACCCUCUCUAGCUCUCUCUUGGCUACUCAUAAGGAGUCAGUUUGAUGCCUGUGUUUCUCCACUGGAGGGCGAUGUUGGAUGUACGAUCUGCUUGGUCAUAUCUUCAGUUCAGUGCUUCUUUUUCCCCUCUUUAUUAUUAUUUUUAUUUUUGCAGUAUGCCCUCUCUUGCUUUUUUGCCACCUAACAACAUCUUCACUAAUAUGUUUUUGUAACAUACUGCAAAAAAUGAUAUAAUAUAUAAAAUGAAAUAUAUAGCAUUUAAGGAAAAAAAAUAAUUGUAUAGAUUUCUUGAAUAGUGGCUCACAAAUUUAGUCACCAAAAAUGUUAGUUGUGUUUGUUUUUUGUUUAUUUUCCUGAGUUGUAGCUAUUUUUCUCUUUUUUUUUUUCCCCUCUCAAUUUUUGGUGAUCACAGAUUUUCAACUCGAGGACGGGGACGUUUUUUGUUUGAAAUGCUGCAGUAGGGUCCCCGAUAUUUUCCUGGCAGGGUUUUCAUGGAUAUUUAUUAUUGACAGUGUAUUAUUAUUAUUAUUAUUAUUAUUGUUGUUACUAUUAUUAUUAUUAUGAUUAUUAUUAUUAUUAUGAUUAUUAUUAUUAUUAUUAUUAUUAUUAUUAUAUUAGAGUUUUAUGUUCUAUCCUGACAACUCAUUUGCCACAGGAUAAUCAGUGUUUGAUGAGUAGAAGGAGUCAGAGGAGGUCUUAGUUUUGACCUUAUUGUACGAGCUGCCUAUGCACUGAUGACAGUGACCCUAAAUGACCUAAAAAACACCCAUACCACACACAGACUAACCUCCUGUAACCUCUUUACAGGAAAUUUACCUGCAAGACCUGCAGUUUCAUGACUUACACAUUUCAAGAGACACAUUUUUCAAUCUGUCAUUGGGAAGAUGGUUUAAAAUCCCUGAAUCGCCCCGAGCUAAACAAACGAUCCUUUAUUUAGAGACUGCCAACAUCUGUACGCUUUCUGACACACACUCUUUCAGAAACUCAGUGUAGUUUUAACUGCAUAAAAGGCUGAGUGAGUUUUAUUUUUCCAUCUAUCUCUCUGUGAACUUUUUUCACCCUUUUGCCCUUUUUUUCCUUCUAGUACGACUGAACGUAUUGCUCAGUCUCAAGGAGUCCACAUGAACAGUGACGAGUCAGUUUCACAGGUGGACUGGGUAGCAUGUAGCCGCUUGAUCUAUGAAUGACUUACCAUUAACAUCAAUCCAUGAAUGUGAAUUGUUUUUUUUUUUUUUUCUUUUCUUUUCUUUUCAAAAGAGAAAAUUCCAUGGUUUAUUUUUUGCACAUUGAUAACCAUCUGAAAUAGACACUGUCACAGACUUAUACGAGAAUAAAUCUGAAAGUGAAACUCCA